ACGUUUGUGACAGCUGUCAUUUUGGUCAAGAACACAAAUGAGUCAUAAUCGAAUUUAGCAACAUUUUAGCAAAAACCAACUUUCUUUGCAAAAUUCAAACACAGAACAACCCCCACAAUGGAGUGGCUUUUUGGUAAACGCCUAACCCCGGAGGAACUCCUUCGCAAGAACCAACGGGCCCUCAACAAAGCAAUGCGGGACUUGGACAGAGAGAAAAUGAAGAUGGAACAACAAGAAAAGAAAGUGAUUAACGACAUCAAAAAACUGGCGAAGGAAGGCCAGAUGGACGCCGUCAAAAUCAUGGCUCGAGAUUUGGUAAGAACCCGCCGCUACGUCAAGAAAUUCAUGUUAAUGAAAGCCAACAUUCAAGCCGUUUCGUUAAAAAUACAAACGCUUAGGUCACAGAAUGCCAUGGCACAAGCUAUGAAAGGUGUCACUAAAGCCAUGCAGAGUAUGAACAGGCAGCUGAAUUUGCCUCAGAUUCAGAGGAUUUUGCAAGAGUUUGAGAAACAGUCGGAGAUUAUGGAUAUGAAGGAAGAGAUAAUGAAUGACGCGAUUGACGACGCGAUGGAAGAUGACGGGGACGAGGAGGAGAGUGAUGCUGUGGUCAACCAAGUUCUUGAUGAAUUAGGUUUGCAGCUGAAUGAUCAGUUGUCGGGGUUACCUCAAACAGGAGGAACUUUACCAAGCACUGGAACAAAACAACCAGCGGCUGCUGCAGCCGCAGCAGGGGGCAACGGAGGGUUGUCAGAUGCUGACGCAGAUUUGCAAGCACGGUUGGAUAAUUUGCGCAGGGAAUAAAUUAGGGUACGUGAAAACUAUUUAAUCUCAAGUGGAUAGUGGCAGAGUAAUGCGACAAGUUUGCCUUGUAUACUCCACGUUUUUAUACAGUUUACAUUUGUAUUUUUGUUGUAUUAAAUUAAUUAUUAUGUAAUUAGUGUUUUGUAGUUUAAAGCUUUAACGAUGUUAAGUGCUUACAUAAAAUAAAGUGUAUAUUUUUGACACA